AUGGGGCUGCCGCACGGCGCCGAUCCCGAGGCAGCGCGGCGGGGACGGGGGCCAGGCGGGUACCGGGAGCCGACGGAUGGCGCCGGGUCCGGCCGUGACGAUGCCCCCGCGCUGUCUGCACUCAAACGCCUGGAGCGGGCACAGCGCACGGACCGGCUGGACGCGCUGUUCGGCUUCGAGCGGCCCGCGGAGCCCGGUGAGCGGACGGGCUGGCUCAUCAAUAUGCACCCGACAGAGGUGCUGGAUGAGGACCGGAGGUCAGUGAGUGCAGUGGACUACUACUUCAUCCAGGAGGAUGGGAGUCGCUUCAAGGUGGCCCUACCCUACCAGCCCUACUUCUACAUUGCCACCCAGAAGGGCUGUGAGCGGGAAGUGUCCUCCUUCCUCUCCAAGAAGUUCCAAGGGAAGAUUGCAAAGCUGGAAACUGUCCCCAAAGAGGACUUGGACCUGCCAAACCACUUGGUGGGCCUGAAGAGGAACUACAUCAAGCUGUCCUUCAACACAGUGGAGGACUUGGUGAAGGUGCGGAAGGAUAUCUCUCCUGCUGUGAGGAAAAACAGGGAGCAGGACCAGGCGAGUGAUGUCUACACAACCAUGCUGUCAAGUGCUCUGAGUGGGGGCAGUCUAAGCACAGAUGAGGAAGGAGCCUCCAAAAAAAUUGCCAACCAGAUGGACAACAUUGUGGAUAUGCGGGAGUAUGAUGUGCCCUACCAUGUUCGCCUUUCCAUCGACCUGAAGAUCCAUGUGGCUCACUGGUACAAUGUGCGAUACCGGGGCAACACCUACCCCCCUGAAAUCACCCGCCGAGAUGACCUUGUGGAGCGGCCGGAUCCUGUUGUUCUUGCCUUUGAUAUUGAAACAACCAAACUCCCUUUGAAGUUUCCUGAUGCAGACACAGACCAGAUCAUGAUGAUUUCCUACAUGAUUGAUGGGCAGGGCUACCUGAUCACAAACAGGGAGAUCGUCUCAGAAAACAUUGAAGACUUUGAGUUUACUCCCAAGCCAGAGUAUGAGGGUCCAUUUUGUGUCUUUAACGAACCAGAUGAGGCUCAUUUAAUCCAGAGAUGGUUUGAACACAUCCAGGAGACCAAACCCACCAUCAUUGUCACAUACAAUGGAGACUUCUUUGACUGGCCCUUUGUGGAAGCAAGAGCAGCAGCUCAUGGACUUAAUAUGUAUCAGGAAAUUGGAUUUCAGAAGGAUAGCCAGGGAGAGUACAAAGCAUCCCAGUGCAUCCACAUGGACUGUCUGAGGUGGGUGAAGAGAGACAGUUACCUCCCAGUGGGAAGUCACAACCUGAAAGCAGCAGCUAAAGCAAAAUUGGGUUACGAUCCAGUGGAGCUGGACCCUGAGGAGAUGUGCCGGAUGGCCACAGAGGAGCCUCAGACCCUGGCCACCUACUCAGUGUCCGAUGCUGUUGCUACUUACUACAUGUAUAUGAAGUACGUGCAUCCCUUCAUUUUUGCCUUGUGUACCAUCAUUCCCAUGGAGCCUGAUGAGGUGUUAAGAAAAGGAUCUGGGACACUCUGUGAGGCACUGCUGAUGGUUCAGGCCUACCAUGCCAACAUCAUCUUCCCCAACAAGCAGGAGCAGGAAUUCAACAAACUUACCGAAGAUGGACAUGUGCUGGACUCUGAGACCUAUGUGGGAGGCCACGUGGAAGCACUGGAAUCUGGGGUCUUCCGUAGUGACAUUCCCUGCCGCUUCAAAAUGAAUCCUGCUGCCUUUGACUUCCUGGUGAAGCAUGUGGAGAAGACCCUGAAGCACGCUAUCGAGGAAGAGGAAGGUCUGCCCUUGGAUCAGGUCACCAACUUCCAGGAGGUUUGUGAUGAAAUCAAGGCCAAACUGCAUUCCCUGAAGGAUGUUCCCAACAGAAUUGAGUGUCCUCUUAUCUAUCAUCUGGAUGUGGGGGCCAUGUACCCCAACAUCAUUCUGACCAAUAGGUUGCAGCCCUCGGCCAUGGUUAAUGAGGCCACAUGUGCUGCCUGUGACUUCAACAAGCCAGGUGCCAACUGUCAGCGCCGGAUGACUUGGCAGUGGAGAGGAGAAUUCAUGCCUGCCAGCCGCAGCGAGUACCACCGCAUCCAGCAGCAGCUGGAGUCAGAAAAGUUCCCUCCCUUGUUCCCUGAUGGACCACUCCGUGCCUUCCACGAGCUCUCCCAGGAAGAACAAGCCAAGUAUGAGAAAAAGCGCCUGGCAGAUUACUGCUGCAAGGCAUACAAGAAGAUCCAUGUCACCAAGGUUGAGGAGCGAGUCACCACCAUCUGCCAACGAGAAAACUCUUUUUACGUGGACACAGUGCGAGCAUUCCGGGACCGCCGAUACGAGUUCAAGGGUCUGCACAAGGUGUGGAAGAAGAAGCUGUCUGCAGCAGUGGAGACAGGAGAUGCUGCUGAAGUGAAACGCUGCAAGAACAUGGAGAUCCUCUAUGACUCCCUGCAGUUGGCCCACAAGUGCAUCCUCAACUCUUUCUACGGAUAUGUCAUGCGGAAAGGAGCUCGCUGGUACUCCAUGGAAAUGGCUGGCAUUGUCUGCUUCACAGGGGCAAAUAUCAUCACCCAAGCCAGAGAGCUGAUUGAGCAGAUUGGGAGACCUCUAGAACUGGAUACCGAUGGGAUUUGGUGUGUCCUUCCCAAUAGCUUCCCAGAGAACUUCAUCAUCAAGUCAACCAAUAUCAAGAAGCCUAAAGUGACCAUCUCUUACCCAGGUGCCAUGCUGAACAUCCUGGUGAAGGAGGGCUUCACAAAUGACCAGUACCAGGAACUGCAGGAUCCAGCCUCACUCACCUACAUCACGCGCUCGGAGAACAGCAUCUUUUUUGAAGUCGAUGGUCCGUACCUGGCCAUGAUCCUUCCAGCCUCCAAAGAGGAGGGCAAGAAGCUGAAGAAAAGGUAUGCCGUGUUCAACGAGGACGGGUCCCUGGCUGAGCUGAAGGGGUUUGAGGUGAAACGCCGAGGAGAACUGCAGCUAGUGAAGAUAUUCCAGUCAUCUGUGUUUGAAGCCUUUCUGAAAGGCAGCACCCUGGAGGAGGUCUACGCUUCUGUGGCCAAGGUGGCUGAUUAUUGGCUGGAUGUGCUUUACAGCAAGGCUGCCAACAUGCCUGAUUCAGAGCUGUUUGAGCUCAUCUCAGAGAACCGGUCCAUGUCACGUAAACUGGAGGACUACGGGGAGCAGAAGUCCACCUCCAUCAGCACUGCCAAGCGCCUGGCAGAGUUUUUGGGGGACCAGAUGGUGAAGGAUGCAGGGCUGAGCUGUCGCUUCAUCAUUUCCAAGAAACCAGAAGGGUCUCCAGUCACUGAGAGGGCCAUCCCUCUUGCCAUCUUCCAAGCUGAGCCCAGUGUGCGUAAACACUACCUCCGAAAAUGGCUGAAGAGCCCCUCACUGCAGGACUUCAACAUCCGUGCGAUCCUGGACUGGGACUACUACAUUGAGAGACUGAGCAGCACCAUCCAGAAAAUCAUCACCAUUCCUGCAGCCCUGCAGCAGGUAAAGAACCCAGUGCCACGGGUCCGACACCCAGACUGGCUUCAUAAGAAACUCCUGGAGAAGAAUGAUGUGUAUAAACAGAAAAAAAUCAAUGAGCUCUUUGUUUCAGAAGGCAAGAAACAGGUUCUUGCCAGCCGGCCUGUGGAGGGGACACCCAGCUCACAGGUGGGUGACAUAGAGGACUUUAGGGCUGUCAAGAUCCCUCAGCCACUGGUUCCCAUUGCAAACAAGCGGAAGCGCAUCCCUGCAGCAGAGGAAAGCCAACAGCUGUCCCAGGAUGUGGAGCUGUCCCAGUCGUGGCGGGAGAUCCUGGGACCACCUCCACCCCUUGGCACUAACAAGGAGGAGCAUCUGGUCUGGCUGCGUUUCCACCAGAAGAAGUGGGAGCUGCAGGCUCGGCAGCGGCAGGAGCGGCGGAAGAGGCAGCGGCUGGAGGACGGUGGGGUGGUGGCAUGUGGAGGAGCAGUCCGUGAUGCCCUCUCCAAAGGGCUGGGCAGUUACCUGCGCCGGACAGCGCGCAGCAUCCUGGACUUGCCCUGGCAGAUCGUGCAGAUCGCUGAGACCAGCCAGCCUGGGCUGUUCCGGCUGUGGGCAGUGAUAGGGAGUGACCUGCACUGCAUCAAGCUGAGCAUCCCCCGUGUCUUCUAUGUGAACCAGCGCAUCCCAAAGCCUGAGGAGGGAACAGCCUACAGGAAGGUAAACAGGAUCCUGCCCCGCUCAAACUUAGUUUACAACUUAUACGAAUACUCUGUUCCUGAAGACAUGUAUCAAGAGCACAUUAACGAAAUCAACGCGGACCUCUCUGCUCCAGACAUCGAGGGAGUGUAUGAGACACAGGUGCCACUGCUCUUCCGUGCCCUCAUCCACCUGGGCUGCGUGUGCAUGGUCAGCAGGCAGCUCGUCCGGCACCUGGCAGGCCGAGAGGCUGAAACCUUCAACAUUGAGCACCUGGAGAUGCGCUCACUGGCCCAGUUCACUUACCUGGAGCCAGGAAGCAUUCGCCACAUCUACCUGUACCACAGCUCCCAGGGCAGCAAGGCACUCCUGGGCCUCUUCAUCCCCUCACAGCGCAAGGCUGCCGUCUUUGUGCUAGAUAAGGUACGCAGCAACCAGAUGCCAAACCUCACCACCUUGUUCUCAGUGGAGCGCGCGGCUCUGCUGGAAAAGGUGGGUGAGGAGCUGUUGCCCCCAGACAAACACACCUUUGAGGUGCGUGCUGAGACCGACCCCAAGGCCAUCUACAGAAGUGUCCAGCGACUGCUCUUGGGCUACAAGGACGAGCGCCGGGGCCCCACAUUGGUGGCUGUGCAGUCCAACUGGGACCUGAAACGGCUGGCAAGUGGGAUCCCCACCAUUGAGGAGUUCCCUUUGGUCCCCAUCCGGCUGGUAGAUGACAUCAGCUACUCCGUCCUGGACUGGCAGCGGCAUGCUGCCCGCCGCAUGAUUCGCCACUACCUCAACCUAGACACCUGCCUCUCCCAGGCUUUUGAGAUGAGCAGGUACUACCACAUCCCCAUUGGGAACCUCCCUGAUGACAUCUCCACCUUCGGCUCUGACCUGUUCUUCUCACGCCACCUUUGUCGUCACAACCACCUGCUGUGGCUGUCCCCCACGGCCCGCCCCGACCUGGGGGGGAAGGAGGCUGAUGACAACCGCCUGGUCAUGGAGUUUGAUGAGAGAGCCUCAGUUGAGAUCAACAACCCUGGCUGCUACUCCACAGUGUGUCUGGAGCUGGACAUCCAGAGCCUGGCUGUGAAUACUGUGCUGCAGUCCCACCACGUGAAUGACAUGGAAGGAGGCUCCAGCAUGAGCAUUAGCUUUGAUGUGAUUCAGCAGGCAUCCCUGGAGGACAUGGUGACAGGGAACCAAGCUGCCAACAUCCCAGCCAGCUAUGAUGAGACUGCUCUCUGCUCCAACGCUUUCAGGAUUUUGAAGAGCAUGGUGGUGAGCUGGGUGAAGGAAAUUACGCAAUAUCACAACGUCUAUGCAGACAACCAGGUCAUUCACUUUUACCGCUGGCUCCGUUCUCCUUCCUCCCUGCUCUAUGACCCGGCACUGCACCGCACACUCCACAACAUGAUGAAGAAGCUUUUCCUGCAGCUUGUAGCUGAGUUCAAGCGCCUGGGCUCUUCUGUGGUCUACGCCAACUUCAACCGCAUCAUCCUGUGCACCAAGAAGCGGCGCAUUGAGGAUGCCAUCAGCUACAUGGAAUACAUCAUCAACAGCAUCCACUCCAAGGAGAUCUUCCACUCUCUGACCAUCUCCUUCUCCCGCUGCUGGGAGUUCCUGCUCUGGAUGGACCCAGCAAAUUAUGGAGGUAUCAAGGGAAAAGUGGAUUCUCGCAUCCACUGUGGGGAGAAGGACACCAGCAAGAGACAGGAGGAGGAGGAGAGUGAGGAAGAGGAGGAUGUGGCAAGGGAAGAAGAAGAGGAGGAAGGGGAGCCAGAUGUGGAGGAGCUGCUGGAGAACAGCUGGAACAUCGCGCAGUUCCUGCCCCAGGCCGGCUCCUGCCAGAACUACUUCUUGAUGAUUGUAUCAGCCUACAUCGUGGCUGUGUACCACAGCAUGAAGGAGGAGCUGCGGCGUAACACCCCUGGGAGCACCCCCAUCAAGAGGAGGAGCACUAGCCAGGUGUCCCAGGAGGCUCUGGGGGAGCUAAGGGCCAUGCCUGGCAUGAUCACCUUCUCACAAGAUUAUGUGGCCAAUGAGCUCACCCAGAGCUUCUUCACCAUCACCCAGAAGAUCCAGAAGAAGAUGGCUGGUUCCCGGAAUGCCACAGAGCCCUCAGACAUGUUCCCAGUCCUGCCUGGCUCCUACCUGCCACUCAACAACCCAGCUUUGGAGUUCAUCAAAUAUGUUUGCAAGGUCCUCUCCCUGGAUGCCAACAUAACCAACCAGGUGAACAAACUACGCCGGGACCUGCUGCGCCUCAUUGAGGUGGGCGAGUUCUCAGAAGCAGCCCAGUUUCAGGACCCUUGCCGCUCCUAUGUGCUUCCUGAAGUCAUUUGCAGGAACUGCAACUUCUGCAGGGACCUGGACCUGUGCAAGGACCCUUCCCUUUCCCAGGACAGGUUGGUGCUGCCAGGCUGGCACUGCCCCAACUGCCAUGUGCAGUACAAUAUCGAUGCCAUUGAGAUGGCGCUGGUGGAAGCCCUGCAGAAGAAGCUGAUGGCCUUCGUGCUGCAGGACCUGGUGUGCAAAAAGUGUCAUGCCGUGAAGGAGACGCACAUGCCUGUGUACUGCAGCUGUGCUGGAGACUUCGCCCCCACCAUCUCCUCCCAGGCCUUCACGGACCAUGUCAGUGUCUUCCAGAACAUCGCCCAGCACUAUGGCAUGGCCUACCUGCUGGAAACCAUUGAGUGGCUGCUGCACACUAACCUCCAGCUCCAGCAGUGAAGCCCAGGCUGUUCUUCCUGCCUACUCCAUGCUCUCACAUCCAUGGAGAGUGGUACUGGACCCCCUUGAUCAGGAGCCAGACCAAAGAUACUGCACACCCCUCCUGCAGUGAGGGAAGGGAGGGAGAGCUGUGCUUGGGACUGGGUUGUCUUUUCCACCAGCUGCCCGAUGGGGGACUUGGGAGUUUCCAGUGGCUGGAGCUGGGCUCUACAGGUCUGUGCUGGCCCCAGGUGUGGUUUUAAUUUUUAGUUUCUUUAAAUAAAUGGGUGGUAGAAGGCAGGUGCAAUUUUUAGGGAGGGAGGAGCCAAGGGCUGUGAGUGCCAGUGGCUGUGGUACUACCAAUAGCCUGGGGCAUACUGAUGGCUGUGGUACCACUGGCUUCACCCCAUCCUCAGCCCAAUCCUUGCCAGAAUGAGGCAGGCGGUGCCCAGAGAUGCUGCCCACACCUGCCAGGAGGUCCUGCCUGUGGGCAGCUGGCUGUGGUGGGGCAAUUCCCCUUUGCUUGGGCAGGCUUGGCCUGAGCACUUGUCAGCUCUCGUUAAGGUAUUAGUGGGUCUGCCCAGUGAGGUGGGGGGCAGGAGAGCCUAUACACAUCCCUGCAGCAGGACCAGCAACCCAUGGCUGGAGGCCGUGCAUGUUCCCUCCGUGGCAUUGUGGGUCUGGAGGAUGGGAAUACAGCCACCAACUCUGACACCCAUGUUCCUCUAUUUCACCACAGUGAGCAGCCCUAGGCAAGGUUUAUUACAGCCUGGGGCUGGCAGUGGUGGCAGGUGGGUUGUAGGACGUGUCCCACUCUUCCAUGUGUGCUGCUCCUCAUGGAGGCAGCAGGUCCCUCAGAACUGGGGGCUACUGAUGGUUUCAGGCAGAGGAUGCAUUAUCCACUCUGCCACUGUGCCCUUUCUUGCUUUGGUGGUACUUGCAAUGGUGUGGUGCAGUGUGAUGUGGGGCUGGAGCAACCCUAGAGUCAUGUCUCUUCACUGAGGAACCAUCUAAGGAGGAGACCCAUGGGCAUUGUGAUGAUGGGACAGGGCCAUCACUUGUAGUUGUAGCCAGGGAAGCCAAAGUCCUUUCAGGGUGGAGACUGUGGGAGGAAGAGUAUGGGCUGCACUGGGUGCAGUUUGCAUUUACGGCUGAUGAUCACACUGACCCCACACAGCAGCAGGGACUAUCAGCCCUCAUGUGCCAUGAACACAGCAUCCCAAAGGGCAUGAGCCCUCCACAGCCAUGCAUCUCAAUGGGUACAAGACCACAGCAAGCCAUCUUGUGGUUAUGGCAUCAGGAGCUUUUGGGCACCUCAAUACCAGAAGAUGGUAAAUCUAUUAGAGAGCAUCCAAUGAAGGCUGUGAGGAUGGUGAAGAGUCUAGAUGUGAAGUCAUACACAGGGCAGCUGAGGGCACUCCUCCCAGUCACCUCCUGGGGCUUUUGGAUCUGUGAUUUCAAGACCUUAAAUCCCGGGCAGCAGACCCAGAGUACUCCAGGGAAGCUGCCUGUGAUGUUUUGUGCUUUGGUAGAAGCUCUCUGUUCAAGGAUCCAGCUGGGGCUCCUCCCAAGCAUCUCAUAGUCUUUUCACUAAUACUGAUAAAUCCUGACAUCCUGAGUAGCAGUCCCAGACUCCUACAAGGAAGCUACCUGAGAUAAUUUUUCUCUUUUUGAAUGAAAAUGUAUUUGUUUGAAUCUCCCUGCAACUUCUCCCAGGCAUCUCCCAGUCUUUUCAUCUCUAAUUUAGGCACUUUAUAUCCCAGGCAGCAGCCCCAGACUCCUCCAGGGAAGCUGCCCAAGAUGAUUUUUCUCUCUUUGUGGAAAUUGCAUCUUCUAGGUUCCACACGAAGCACCUCCCAUGCAUGCAUCUUCUGGAGUCUUUCUGUCUUUUAUUACAGCACCAGAAAUCCCAAAUAGCAGCCCCGGUUUUCUCCAGGGAAAGUAUCCAAGAUGAUUCUUCUCUGUUCAUGGGUCCUGUAUCAUCAAGGACCUGCCCAAGACUCCUCCCAGGCAUCUCCUGAAAGCUUUACACAGCUGCUUUAGUCCCCUGAGAACCCACUAGCAGCUCAAAGCUCCUCCAAGAAAAGCAACCUGGGAUGACCAUUUCUCAUUUCUCAUCUCUCUCUUCUGGGAUCUACCCAAGAUUCCUCCUGCUUCUUACAGUGCCCUCUGGUGAUGUGUAGCAGCCCUAGACUCCUCCCACGGAGAUCUCCAAGAUGAUGUUUUUCUUUUGGAGGACUCUGUGUCUUGCCUCUGUGUGAUGCAACAUUGUGCAUCAUGCACAGUCCUCUGGUUGAAGGCCCCAGAAAUGAGUCUGGGAGCACUUCAAGGACCUUGGAUGGUUUAUGAUACCUAAGGCAUUAAAGCCUCCUCUUACAUCAGCGUGGUUGAGGCAGUUACACCCCAUCAGAAGGGAUGAAAACCCUCAGGCCAUGGUGUGAAUGUCCUGCUACUUUCCCAGGGCUGGGGGAGUUUUACUGGCCUGAGCCAGCUGUGUAAAGGGAGCACACUGGCAUGAUAAAAAGCAGUAUCCCACCUCCCUUCCCUGGCUAAAAAGCCCAGCUUGCACCCCUCUCCCCCUGGGCUGUUCCCUUGUUGCCAGCAAAGCACUCAGGAUAAUCUAUCUGCUGCACAGCCUUCCCAGCCACCAAGGUCAGGCCUGGAGUUAACCAGAUCCUCCUUGUCAUCCUUUUUAUAGAAGGACAUCACAUUUGCCAACCCCCUGGGGAACCAGGACUGCUGAUAGAUGAUGAAUAAAAAAGACCACUUGCUUAAAGGACAUGAUGCUUUCUUAAAGUUAAAAGAAUACCUGUGCCAGUUAAAAUAAAAAAUAUUUUUCUUUA